AUGUUUCCCAAUCAUUAUUCACCAUCAAAUCCUUAUGUUGAUUUUUCAUCAUAUAAUACAACUCCAUCAACUUCAAACAUAACUAGUAUUGGUAAUUCUUCAUCACCACCACUUUAUCAUCAACAUCAACAUAUGUUCUCAACAACACAUUUUUCAAAUGAUAAACUUCAACACUCACCAACAGGUUAUCCAACAUUUGCUAUGCAUGGUUUAAAUAUGAAUGUUAACGUUACAAUGAGUCCUGUUUAUGUACCAACAAAUAAUCUAUCAAUUCCUCAAUCAUCACCAUCAGUUCCAUUAAAAUCUUUUUAUUCUCCUAAUGAAAAUGGAACGAAUUCAUUGGAAGAAAAAUCACUCAGCACGGUAGUAUUAAAUGGUAAUGAAACUCUUCCACCACCACCACCACCACCAACACUUUCAUUACCUAAAAUGACAGCGAAAGGAAAGAAGAUUCGCAAACCACGUACAAUUUAUAAUCCACUUCAAUUACAAGCAUUAAAUAAACGUUUUCAUCGUACACAAUAUUUAGCAUUGCCUGAACGAGCUGAAUUAGCAGCUAUGCUUGCUCUAACACAAACUCAGGUCAAAAUAUGGUUUCAAAAUAAACGUUCAAAAGAAAAAAAAGCUAACAGACAAAGUAAUCGAAGUCGUCCAUCAAAUGAUAAUGAUUUGAGUUGUAAUGGUGAAGAAAUCUAUUCUGAUGAUGAGACAAGUUCAACAUCAACUAAUAAUAAUGAUUCAUCUUUACAUGCUACACAAUCAUUAGCACCUGCAUGUGAAAGUAAAGAUGUUGAUGUGACUACAACUAAUCAAGCAAUGAUCAAAUCAUCACCUAAUAUCUAUGAACAGUCGUCACCACCUUCUCUAACAUCUUCUGCAAUGAUGUCAACAACAACAACUUCACCACCAUCUUAUCCUGCAAAUGAUUUUCUUCGUUCAAAUUCAAUGUAUUUUGAUUAUGGAUCAAUGAAUGGUUUUUGGCCACCACAUUUAUAUGAUGCAAAUCAUAAUACGAAUGGAUAUUAUCAACAACAUCCACCAACGAUUCAUACUUAA